GCGCGCCGAGGUUCAGCCCAAGCGCCUAUCAGCUGCUCCGGGAGGAGGCUGUGAGUGACGAGGGGGCGGGGAGCGAGUGGAGUUUGGGCGUGUGCUGCUCGCUGCCUGGGGUUCGCCUCGCGCGCACACACACAUUGUCCAGGCUGACGACGCCGACGCCGUAACAGCCGCCUCUCCCCGCCCUCCCGCAGCACAGAGAGCGCCUGGAUGCUGGGUGCCAAUGCGGGGAGGGCGCUGCAAGAAGGGGGCUCCGCCGCCGCCGCCUAGGUGGAAAGUUCACUGCAUCGGGCCAACGGGGAACUGACUUGGAGCAGCCACCCUCCUGCAGGCAAAGGGACACAAGGAUCUGUGGAUCUAUCCAGGGGGGCUGAUCCUCCCCCCCCCAUGCAAACUUUGCAUUUCUUCCCCCGCUGCCUUUAAAAGAAAAAAAGCCCCACUGACUCCCCUGAGAAAAGCGCAGCUUUACUCUACUGCCUUUGCAAGGAAAGUAGCCUCGUGGUGGGGGGACAGCAGACGGCCGCUGUGUUUUGAGGGAACCUUGAACCGGGGUUGACCAGAAGAUGACUGAGUACAAGCUGGUGGUAGUUGGGGCAGGAGGCGUAGGGAAAAGUGCUUUGACCAUUCAGCUUAUCCAGAACCAUUUUGUUGAUGAGUAUGAUCCCACGAUAGAGGAUUCCUACAGAAAGCAGGUCGUCAUUGAUGGAGAGACCUGUUUGUUAGACAUCUUGGACACAGCAGGCCAAGAAGAGUACAGUGCCAUGCGAGACCAGUACAUGCGGACAGGAGAAGGCUUCCUUUGUGUCUUUGCUAUUAACAACACCAAGUCCUUUGAAGACAUUCAUCAGUACAGGGAGCAGAUCAAGAGGGUGAAGGACUCUGAUGAUGUCCCGAUGGUAUUGGUGGGGAAUAAGUGUGACCUUCCAGCCCGGACUGUGGAAACUCGGCAAGCCCAGGAGCUGGCUCGGAGCUAUGGGAUUCCCUACAUAGAGACAUCGGCCAAGACUAGACAGGGAGUUGAAGAUGCCUUCUAUACUUUAGUGCGGGAGAUCCGGCAGCACAAACUACGCAAAUUGAAUCCCCCAGAUGAAAGUGGCCCAGGCUGCAUGAAUUGUAAAUGUGUGAUAUCAUGACUAAGCUGACCAGACUGUGACUUGGAGGGAGUUCCACUGUGUGUAGUGCAGAGACAGAGGCGACAUGAAGAAGAAUCAAGUGGAUUCAAGGGAAGGGGACAGACGAGAUGGUGUCUGCAGGCCCCAAGAGCUCUGCACAGACUGUCUCAAAACUUCACCAAGGCCUGCAAUGAACUAUUUUUUUUAUUAUUUUUGAAACGCUCCUCUUCUCUCCUUGCCUCCCUCCCCCUCCUGGCAACUUGUACAAAGCCACAGAUGCAAGUAAAUUAUUGUAUGAUGGUCUCGA